AUGUCUGCUCCUACCAGUGUAUCUCAGGGAGGCAAAUCAGUGUUAUUGAAUCAAACAUUAGUCACUGAAUUUCUCCUCUUGGGGGUGACAGACAUUCAAGAAUUAAACCCUAUUCUCUUUGUCACGGUCCUUGCCAUGUACUUUGUCAAUGUGUUUGGGAAUGGAGCCAUCAUGAUGAUCGUCAUCUUAGAUCCAAGACUCCACUCACCUAUGUACUUCUUCCUGGGAAACCUAGCAUGUCUAGAUAUCUGCUUCUCCACUGUAACAGUGCCAAAGAUGCUUGAGAACUUCUUCUCCACAAGCAAAGCAAUUUCCUUCUUGGGAUGCAUAACUCAGCUUCAUUUCUUUCACUUCUUGGGUAGCACAGAGGCCCUGCUGCUGACAGUCAUGGCAUUUGACCGCUUCGUGGCUAUCUGCAGACCACUCCACUACCCUUCCAUCAUGAAUCGUCAGGUGUGUAUCCAGGUGGCUGUCUCCAUCUGGGCCAUUCCUUUUCUUCAUGCUCUGGUUCACUCCAUAUUGACAUCUCGAUUGAAUUUUUGUGGUUCCAACCAUAUCCAUCAUUUCUUUUGUGAUGUUAAACCAUUAUUGGAGCUGGCCUGUGGAAACACUGAACUCAACAGCAUGCUCCACAAAGCACUGUCCACCUGUGCCUCUCACUUCAUGGUUGUUGUUAUUUUCUAUGCUCCUGUUCUCUUUAUCUAUAUCAAUCCUGAUUCAGGGAGCUCCCUGGAAAAGGACAGGAUCAUUGCUGUCAUGUACACUGUGGUCACUCCUGCACUCAAUCCACUUAUCUAUACUCUGAGGAACAAGGAAGUGAGGGGUGCUCUGAACAGGAAAAUCAGAAUACUGCUUUGA